ACGAGUGAAAUGCAUUGGGCAAGGUUGCGAGGUGGAGAAAUCAGAGAGCACCAGACAAAAGGCAAGUACGCAGAGUCAGAGGUGAAAAAGAAAGGGCAAAAGAGAACAAAACAAGGGGAGCUCUUUGGUUUCAAUGGGUUUGAUCAGCGGAGGGGUGUUCUUCAAGAUCUUGGCGUUCCUCUGCUUCAUCAGAUUAUCUCAAGGAAGAAACUCCGCCACACCGGAUCUCCCUCCCCUCUGGAAGGCAAGCAGUUUCUCCAAAAUCCAGCAUGAAGCAUAUGACUACAUCAUUGUCGGCGGGGGCACGGCCGGAUGCCCAUUGGCAGCAACGCUGUCGAAAAAGUACAAGGUGCUGUUGCUUGAGAGAGGUGGAUCUCCAUAUGGCAACCGCAACAUCUCAUACCUUGAGAACUUCCACAUUUGCUUGACCGAUGAAUCGAAGAAUUCCCCAUCUCAGGGAUUCAUCUCCACUGAUGGUGUCAUCAAUUCCCGAGCAAAGGUUCUAGGUGGUGGAACAUGUAUAAAUGCCGGCUUCUACAGCCGAGCCAACCGAAGAUUUGUGAAGGAUGCAGGAUGGGAUGAAGAGUUGGUGAAUCAGUCCUACCCCUGGGUCGAAGAGAGGAUUGUUUAUUGGCCAAAGAUUGCACCUUGGCAAGCUGCCCUACGUGAUGGGCUGCUUGAAGCAGGGGUAUCGCCUUACAAUGGAUAUACCUAUGACCAUCUCUUUGGAACCAAAGUUGGGGGAACCAUCUUUGAUGAGGCAGGGUACCGGCACACUGCUGCUGACCUCCUAGCUGCUGCAAAUCCUGACAACCUCAGAGUGCUGCUUCAUGCUAGUGUGAACAAAGUAAUUUUCAAAACGAGACAUGGACAUCAGAAACAGAGUGCUAUUGGGGUUCAAUUCAAGGAUGAGAAUGGUGGGCACCAUCAAGCCUUUCUCAGCCAAAAGAGAGGCAGUGAGAUUAUUGUCUCUGCCGGCGCAAUUGGAAGCCCCCAGCUGUUACUGAUCAGCGGCAUUGGACCAAGGAGUGAACUUAAGAAGCAUAACAUUUCUAUAGUUCUUCACAACGAGCACGUGGGUAAAGGGAUGUCAGACAACCCAUUGAGCUCCGUAUUUAUACCCACCAAGGAUCCCCCAAAGCAGUCUCUUAUUGAGACUGUUGGAAUAACUGAUGAUGGUGUGUUUAUCGAAGCCAGCAGCGGUUUCGGCCAGACAGGGGACAGCAUCCACUGCCACCAUGGAAUCAUGUCUGCUGAGAUUGGGCAGUUGUCGACUAUUCCUCCAAAGGAAAGAAGUUUAGAAGCAGUCCAUAAGUAUGUACGUAACAAAAAGAGCCUGCCCAAAGAAGUAUUCCACGGAGGGUUCAUUCUUUCGAAGAUUGAUGGCCCGCUGUCUACUGGCAAUCUAGUUCUUGUGGACACUGAUCCCAACAGCAAUCCUAUCGUCACCUUCAACUACUUCAAACAUCCACAGGAUCUGAGACGAUGUGUUUACGGGAUCAAGACCAUAGAGAAAAUAAUUAGUACGAACACUUUCUCAAACUUCACUCCCAAAGAUGGUGGAUAUUCAAUGGAAAAACUGCUCAACAUGAGUGUAGCAGCUAACAUAAAUCUGAUACCGAAGCAUACAAAUGACAGCACAUCCUUGGAGCAGUUUUGCAGGGAUACAGUGGUCACCAUCUGGCAUUACCAUGGUGGAUGUCAUGUAGGCAAGGUGGUUGACCAGCAGUACAAAGUGAUUGGGACCUCAGGCCUCCGGGUGAUUGACGGAUCAACCCUAUCCAGGUCGCCAGGAACAAACCCACAAGCCACAGUCAUGAUGAUGGGCAGAUACAUGGGAGUGAAGAUCUUAAGGGAAAGGUUAGGACGAGCGGCUGGAGUAUAAUAGAUACUUGGACAUUAUUAUCUUGUUCACCAUGUAAGAAUGUGACUUAGGAGAAAAGUAAAUAGUAAUUUUUGAAGAGAUUCAUCAACAACCACCAAAGAAAGAAGCGUCAGUUGUAUCAUCUGUAUUCUUACCAUUCAUGUGGAAAUAUAUAUAUGGCCUACCAAAAUAUUAUAUUA